AUGGCGGCCGCAUUUCUUGACUCUUCAGAAGGUUCUGGAUUCCUUUUUCCCUUUCCCUUAAUAACUUGCUCAAUUCCUAACUACUUAUUGCAAGAUCUGAUGGAAAACUGGAUUGCUGCUUGCCUCAGGCAACAGAAAACAGAGCGACAAUCCCGCCACGCCGUCUCCCUCUCCGCCGCUGUGUUCUCCCCCCUCCGCGCUCUCCACCUCUUCUCCAACUCCUCCCGCGUCCUCUGUGUCUCCGCCGGCGUCGACCAGUCGGUCGCCGCCAUCCGCGAUUUCGGCAUAGCCGACGUCACCGGCGUCGACCUCCUCGAUUUCCCCCCGCUCGUCAGCCGCGCCGACCCCCACAAUCUCCCCUUCUUCGACGGUGUCUUCGACCUCGCCUUCACCCCUGGCCUCGCCGGCGCGCUCUUCCCCAGAAGGUUUACCGCCGAGAUGGAGCACACCGUGCUGCAGGGCGGCGCCAUCGUGCUCGCUCUCGAGUGGUGGCCUUCAUCCUUGUCCUCGUGCGGCAAGGCGGAGCAGUGGGUGUGA